UACUUACUUGUACAUGUAAUUAAUCUUUUUAAACGAUAUACCCAUUGUGUUCUUAUCAAUGCCAAUCAAACAGAUAAUUUGUUGAUAUCAUAGUAAUAAACGUGAAUUUUCACAACACGCUCGUGAAAUUUGGAACUCGAAAUGAGAAUUCUGCUACUAUCAUGCUUGGUGACGUUCUGUUGUGCCGAGCCGCGUGUUCUCGAGCCCCCCAUACGAGUGGAAUUGGAGCCACCAGUGUCGAACAAUCUUAAUACAAGAAAUGUUCUCACCAGCUGGAUAACGAUGCCGGUAGACCACUUCGACCCACAGAAUAGAGAUACAUUCCAAAUGCGGUUCAUGUUCAACGAGGAAUUCUUCGGUGGCGCAGGCAAGCCGGUGUUCAUUAUGGUAGGCGGCGAGUGGGCCAUCGCCCCGGGCUGGCUGCGCGCCGGGAACAUGUACCUCAUGGCGCAGGAGAAUCAAGGAUACCUUAUUUAUACAGAACAUCGCUACUAUGGGGAGACGUUGCCUUAUACAGAAUUUACGACUGAGAACUUAAGAUUUCUGAAUGUAGACCAAGCUUUAGCGGACAUCGCAUAUUUUAUAUUGGAAUUGAAAAAGCAAGAACGCUUCGCGAACAGUAAGAUUAUUUUGUACGGCGGCUCGUACGCCGCCAACAUGGCGCUGUGGUUCAAACAGCGAUAUCCUCACUUGGUGGAAGGUGCUGUCGCUUCCAGUGGCCCUAUCAAGGGGAAAGUUGAUUUUGCUGGGUAUUUGGAGGUGGUUCACGAAGCAUUUAAAUCGGAAGGCGGCGAGCAAUGUAUAUCGACUAUAAGACAGGGAAUUUCUGAUACAAUUGCCGCAAUGGACAACGUACUGGGCCGGCAAUCGAUUCAACAAGCGUACAGGCUAUGUAAUCCUUUGAACUAUGACAACGAGCUCGAUCUCGGCUACUUCUCGGGGCUUAUUACGUGGACAUUCUCCGGAUCAGUGCAACGUGCACGCCCUGGCACCCUUUUAGCAAUAUGCAACAACUUCGCAACAAAUGUUUAUGGAGAAACUCCGAUGGAAAAAAUAGGCGGCUACAUAGCCUCGACCCAAAACCUAGGAUCGUGUUGGGCCACUGGAUUCGAAACCUUUCUAAGAUCUUAUAAUACCACUUCCAUUUCAAGAGCGUGGUAUUACCAGACGUGUACGGAGUACGGGUAUUUCCAGAUAGCCCCGAAAUCGGGCACGGUGUUCGAUCAGUUGAAAUGGCUCGACGUUGCAUUUUAUGUUGAAGUGUGCAAGCAGGUUUAUGACCAGAGAUUUGACGAGGCGUUCGUCUACGAUGCAGUGGAUCGGGUCAACUUAGUAUUCGGUGGUUUGAAGCCCGAUGUAAACAACACGAUCAACAUUCACGGCACAAUAGACCCUUGGCAUGCUCUCGGUGUCUACGACAGGGAUUUAAAAGAUAGUUCUCCGACCUACACAGUGCCGAGGGCGUCACACUGUUUCGACAUGCAGGGCUGGCUGAGCACAGACACCAUACAAAUGACGCGCGUGCAGCAAGCCGCCAGAAGACUGGUGGCGCGUUGGCUCUCUUAAACCUCCUUGUUAUGUUGUAAAUAAAUAGAACUUUAUAUAUUUGA